AUGAGGAUAAAAUUGCAUGAAACUACUGAUAAACACAUUAUGGCAUCUAUUAAAGCAGCAUAUAGACAAGCUGCUUUUCCAUUAAUACCAUCUUUAGUAGAAAAUGCUAAGACACACAUUGCACAUAACAAAGAAAUAAUAAAACACUUAAUUGAUAUUACUUUAUUUCUUGGCAGACAUUGUCUGCCAUUUCGUGGACACAAAGAGAGUAAAGAAGAGGAUAUGCGAGGAAAUUUCAAAGAUCUAGCUACUCUUUUGGCUAAAUAUUCUCCAGCGCUAGCAUCUCAUAUAACUGAAGUUGAGAUAAAAGGUAGAAAAACACAUAACUUUUUGUCUUGGCAAAGACAGAAUCAGUUGAUACAAGCUAUUUCCACAAAUAUUCGUAAUACAAUUAAACAAGAAUUAAUUAAUGCCACAUAUUUUAGUGUUUCAUUAGACACUACAUUUGACAUAUCAAGAAAAGAAAUAUUAUCUAUGGUAAUACGGUAUAUUAAUAAAGGAAUUGUGUAUGAGCGACUUGUUGCAAUUCGUGAAACACUACUUACAACUGGACAGCAUCUUUUUAAUAUGUUCGAUGGCAUUUGUAAAGAAAUGAAUUUAAAUUGGAGAGAGCAUCUUGUUGGUCAUUCUUUUGAUGGAGCUGCCUCAAUGCGUGGAAAUUAUAACGGGCUUCAAGCAUUCAUAAGAGAACAAAAUCAAUCUGCAAUUUAUGUUUGGUGUUAUGCACAUCGUUUGAGUUUAAUUAUUGUUGAUGCUGUGAGUAGUUGUUUAGAAGCCCGAGAUUUAUUUGGAAAUUUAGAAUUAUUAUUUGAUUUUAUUGGUAGUAGCAAAAAAAGAAUUGGUUUAUAUUCUAAUUUUCAAAAAAUCCGUUAUCCCCAGAUGCCUCAACGGCGGUUGAAAAGAGUCUCUACAACUCGUUGGUCAUCCCAUUCUUCAGCUCUUCUUACUGUCUUAGAAACUUUUGAUGCAAUAAUUGACACACCGGAUGAUUUACAAAGUGAUUCUACUACCGAUCGGGUUUGUUGUGUGAAAGCAAACAGCAUAAUGGAUUAUUUAUUAUCUGAGCGUUUUGUUUUAACAAGUUUGUUAUUCACUAAUAUAUUUAAUCUUACAAGUCCAUUGAGUAAGUUUCUACAAGGCAAAAAUGCUGAUCUGUUAGCAGCUGUAAAUUAUAUCAAAGAUAUACUUAUGAAAGUAGAAGAUCUUAGAAAUGAUACACAGUUUACUGAGUUACAAAACAAUAAAGAUAAAUUUAUUGAAUCAAAGAAGAAUGAUUUUUCUUUUACUCCUUUGAUUCAAAAUAAACGCAUUAAACGUGUUAAAAAAAUGUCUGGAGAAGUAUCAUUAGAUGAACCAAUAUCUAAUCCCCUUGAUUCAUUUAAAGUCAACACAUAUUUCACUGUUUUAGAUAUUAUAACCACACAAAUAAAGGAACGCUUUAAUGAACAUUCAUCACCGUUGUUAAAAGAUCUUUCUUUGUUUCAAAGGAGAAGAAUUAAAGAAAUUGCAGAAAAUAAUUUUAGUAUGCCAAUUGAUGCUUUUGAGGGGUUGGAAGCUAUUUAUGGAAAAUUUAUUUCAGCCAAAAAUUUAAGACUUGAGUUUUUACAAUUUGUAAGUAUAUAUUUUAAAUUUGAAACAUUAACAAAACUUCCAAACAAACUUCAUGAUGAUAUUGAUUCAAUCUUACAUUUUGAAACUGACGAAGAAGAGGAAAAAGAAAAUUAUAUUAAGAAGUACAAUGGGAGAAGAAAGGCUGGAGUCGCUUAUGAUGAUGUCUUGUGA